UGUGAGGAUCCCUCUGGCUUCAAGCAGGAUGAUGAGUUUCUGGACAUCCUGGAGGAGAGGAGGAGGAGCAGUGACCUAGGCCAUGCCCUCCGAACCUUUAACCCCUCCCCUUACAGGGGAGCCCCUCUUUCCGCGGGCGCCCUCAACAGGAUGGUUCUGGAGUCACAGUACCUACGAUACGUCACCAAGGAGGUACAGUGUGUCUGGGUGGCCAUGGAGACUGGUGAGAGUGUGGAUCUGGUGAGAGAGGAGGCGUCAGGGAUACUGGAUGAGAUGUCUCAGAACCUCCAGCUUGGAUUCAUCAGACUGCUGGGGUUCACCCUCAGUAAAGUAUUCAAGAGGCUCUUCAGCCACAUCAACAUCAACCAGGAAGGACUCAAUAGG